GUGAUGCAAUACGUGCUGACGUGGCCGGAAACCCGCCAUCUUGAGGGAGGAAACGCCUCGAACUUAAGGAGGAAACUUGGAACUUGGUGUGAACAAGGCGUCUGACGAAGAUGGGAAACAUAUUCGCAAACCUCUUUAAAGUCUUCGGCAAGAAGGAGAUGAGAAUUCUUAUGGUGGGACUCGACGCAGCAGGGAAGACGACGAUUCUGUAUAAAUUAAAGUUGGGGGAAAUUGUGACCACCAUCCCAACAAUCGGUUUUAAUGUUGAAACAGUGGAGUACAAGAAUAUUAGUUUUACAGUUUGGGACGUCGGCGGUCAAGAUAAGAUUCGACCAUUGUGGCGUCAUUAUUUCCAGAACACACAAGGUCUGAUCUUUGUGGUUGACAGUAAUGACCGUGAGCGUGUGAAUGAGGCGCGAGAGGAGCUGAUGAGGAUGUUGGCUGAGGAUGAGCUCAGAGAAGCAGUUCUGCUGGUGUUUGCCAACAAACAGGACCUGCCGAACGCCAUGAACGCCGCCGAAAUCACGGACAAGCUGGGUCUGCACUCACUCCGGCACAGAAACUGGUACAUUCAGGCCACGUGUGCCACAAGCGGCGACGGCCUCUAUGAAGGACUCGACUGGUUGUCCAAUCAGCUGAAAAACCAGAAAUGAUGACCUCACUCCACUGCUGUUCCCUAGUCUGAUAUUCUCUCAACACUCGCUUUUAUUUGCUCCUUUCUAAAAACAAACGGUGCUGGAAGCUGUGCUCAUUUCAAACACGCUUCACGGAAGAAAACGUCCUCGUCUGUUUAGUGUAAAUAGUUUUUGUUGUGAGGCAGCUUUUGAGCACCAUUAUGCAAACUAGAUUUAGUCCAUCGUUCUGUAUUUUCCAUUUUCUCCUCCAUUUGUUGUUGGAAACUCCCGUGUAUUAUUUUAUUGUGCUCUUUCAUAAGACUCGCUCUGUUAGUUGUACUGUAAAACAAGGCUGUUUCGUUGGUCUUGAAUGAACCGAUUACAUUACGGACACUACCUGCACAUAUUACGGUUCGGUUUCGAGGAGGAAAAACCAAAACGAAUCACACUGUCUUCGCAGCCAAGGCUGACGUGACCUCUAGCUUUACUGUCGUGAUACUUUGAGUGUCGUGAAAUGACACCCGGACUGUUUUGUUUUUAUUUCGUUUCAGUCGGUUAGAAAAACAAGCGUACCCAGAAUUAAAUAUGUUGUGUUGACACUCUCUGUUCAAGUGUUACUUUUAACUUUGUAUUCUGGACUUAAAAUCAAGAUGAACAACAUUAACCUCAUUUAAAGAGAUAGUUCAUGCAAAAAAAAAGACAUUUAAUCACCAAAAGUAGAUAUUUUGUAGAAUGUUACAACCAUUUACUUCCAUAGUAGGUAAAACAAAUACUAUGCAUAUCAGUGGUUCCCUUUUACUUAACAUUUUUCUAAAUAUCUUCUAUUGUGUUCAACGGAAAAAGGAACUCAAACAUCAAGUGAAUGAUGAUGUAAGUGUUAAAGUUUUGAGUGAACUGUCUCUUUAAGCACACGUUAACAUAAUGUCUAACAAAGUCAGUAGUUUUUAAGUCCUAAAGGGGACCUAUCAUGCAAAAAUCACUUUUAUAAGGGGUUUGUGUGGCAGCAGUGUGUGAAUAUAACCAGCUUCUAAUGAUAAAAUGAAUUAAUUGUAUUUUUUAUAAUCACACUUAAUAAAAAAAACAGCCUGCAGAAAUACUUUGAUUGACAUUCUCCCAAAAUGAUGAAAAUAACUGCAAAAUGACAAUAAGAUGUCCUCUUUCACCAGGCCGGCUACAGCUCUUUGUUUUCAUAGUAACCGAUAAUGACUGAUAAAUCAUUAAUUCAGCACCAGUUUUGAGUACUAAGGUUAAUAAACACAAAAUAAUGGGCAUAACUGCAAAAAUUAGAAAGUGAAGACCCCUUUCACUUGGCUGGCUACAGGUCUUUGAUUCCAUAGUGACCGAUAUAACCGAUAAUGUCCAAUUAAUGGCAGAUAUAUCAUUAAUUCACGACUAAUUUAAAUACAAAAUGAUGGUAAUUACUGCAAAACGAGAAAAUGAAGACCCAUUUUACCAGGCUGAAUACAGAUCUUUGAUUUCAUAGUGACCGAUACAACCGAUAAAUACCGAUAUAUCAUUAAUUCCCCACUAAUUUGAAUGAAUUAUUGGAAUAACUACAAAAAUGAGAAAAUUAAGAUCCCUUUUACUAGGCAGACUACAGGUCUUUGAUGUCAAAUUGACCGAUAUAACCGAUAUUGUCCAAUAAUGACUGACAUAUUACUAUUCACCACUAAUUUCAAUACAAGAUGAUGGGAAUGACUGCAAAACAGGAAAAUUAAUAUCCCUUUCUACAGGCUGACUAGAGUGACUGAUAUAACCGAUAAUGUCCAAUUAAUGACCAAUGUAUAGUUAAUUUACCACUAAAUUGAAUACAAAAUGAUCCUCCUUUUGUGUACGUGUCAUCAGAGAGGAAAAGCCCUGCCCACUAGUAACCAUCUAUUCCUUAUUUGAAUAGACAGCCCUGAGUGAGAAGCAGCCGUCUGCCAUUUACGUUUUGAAUCUGCAACUAUGCUGACACGUAGGCGUUUGUAGCCCCGCCCUUAUUUAAAGAGUGCAAUCUCAUUUAAGUUUAAAGCGACAGUCACCAAAAUGGCACAAUUAGGAUCUUAACCCUAAAAGGGACAGUUUCAAUGAGUUGUAAAACAUUAACAAUGUGAUAUUUUGAGCUGAAAAUUUACAUACUCUUGUUUUACGUCUUGUAAAAAUGAGCAUAAUAGGUCCCCUUUAAAUCCAAGCAGACGCACAACUAAGUAUAUCUGGAGAAUGUUGGCAUAUUAAUAUCAUUAAUAAUUGUAUAGGUGUAGCCCUAGUGCCUUUGCGGUCCUUAGAGACCUGUUUGAGAUGAACAACCUUUUACAUGGUCACUGUAUAGGCGAUGUUUAAAAACAACUUAUUAUUUAUCUCUAUUUUUCUCUUCUUUCUUUCUCAAUUAACCUGGUUUGGUAGACACUGAUUACUUGGGGGGUCGAAACUAUGUGAAUCUUAGCAAAAUGUUUUAUAGUGUGACUUGUAACCUAUGUAUUUGUUUUUUUAAAUUUUGACAGAAAUGCACUGUUAUUAAAUAUAUUAGUAUAACUGGAUUACUGUUGUGCUCUUGUUAUUCCAAUGCACACUUGAAAUUAUUAUUAUUUUUUGGAGGUAAUUGAUUAUGGUGAUCAUACCUAAAUAAAUAUACAAAUGUACGACCAUUUUGCUGAUCAGCAAAGCAGUUAUUUUUACUUGGUUUAUUUUUUUAACAAUGUGUACUGUGCACACUGGCAUUUAAUAUUUUUUUCAUUUAAAAUUUUACAUUUAAAACAAGAAGCUCAUAAGAGUAUUUAUAAAACUUUUAUUUAAAACAUACAGCAUUAAUUUAGAUUUUAUAGUAACCGAUAAUGACCCUGAUGUAUCAUUCAUUUAACACCAGUCUGAAUACAAAGGUUAACAAGCACAAAAUGAUUAGAAUAAUUGCAAAAACUAGUAAAUGAAGACCCCUUUCACCAGGCGGACUAUGGGUCUUUGAUUCUAUAGUGACCGAUAUAACCGAUAAUGUACAAUAAUGACCGAUAUAUUAUUAAUUCACCACCAAUUUGAAUACAAAAUGAUGGGAAUAACUGCAAAAGGAGAAAAUGAAGACCCCUUUUACCAGGCUGACUACCGGUCUUUGAUGAAAUAGUGACCGAUAUAACCGAUAAUGUCCAAUUAAUGACCAAUAUAUCCUUAAUUUACCACUAAUUUACCACUAAACUGCAAAAUGAGAAAAUGAAGACCACAUCAAGGAGGCCGACUACAGGUCUUUGAUCCCAUAGUGACUAAUAUAACCGAUAAUGAUUGAUAUUACAUUGAUUCACCACCAAUAAUAAUUACAAAAUGAUGGGAAUAACUGCAAAACAAUAAAAUGAAGACCCCUGUUAUCAGUCGGACUACCGGUCUUUGAUUUCAAUGACCGAUAUAACCGAUAAUGUCCAAUAAUAACCGAUAUAUCAUUAAUUCACCACCAAUUUGAAUACAAAAUAACUGCUAAAACAAGAAAAUGAAGACCCCUUUUACCAGGCUAACUACAUAUCUUUGAUUUCAUAGUGACCGAUAUAACCGAUAAUGUCCAAUAAAUACCGAUAAUAACCGUUAUAUCAUUAGUUUACCACCAAUUUGAUUACGAAAUGAUGUUAAUAACUGCAAAAACAAAAUGAAGACCCCUUUUACCAGGCCGACUACUUGUCUUUGAUUUCAUAGUGACCGAUAUAACCGAUAAUAUUCGAUUAAUGACCGAUAUAUCAAUAAAUCACCAUCUAUUUGAAUACAAAAUGAUUGGAAUAACAGCAAAAGGAGGAAAAGAUGUCCCCUUUCACCAUGCCGGCUACGGGUCUUUGAUUUUAUAGUGACCGAUAUAACCGAUAAUGUCUGAUUAAUAACCAGUAUGUCAUUAGUUUACCACCAAAAUGCCCUCCAGUUCUCAAAAGCCCUCCUUGGCACUCUAAUAAGUGACAAAUAGGAUCGGCUGGGCCUGCGGGGUCACCAGGCGCCGGGGCUUCGACCCAACAAGGGGGAGGGAAAAGCAAUCUAGGACAACGUUCCUUUGGCCCGAUUAGGCUGCCAUGGAUAAUGCAGCCAAGCCAGUAAUACAUGGCAGGGAAGGCACGAUGGUGGGAAAAGGAGGGGUGUUGCUCCCCUUUUUUCGCUGGCUCUCUUACAGGGUGGCUUUUGUUCAGCCCACUCCUGCUGCUCCAGCGGCUUGGGGUUUGUGUGUGGCGCUCGGGCACAUCCCUGGGCCUGGAUUUUUGCACUUGUCUUUUGUCUGCGCUUUUUGCUCUUUUCUCGCACGGCCCCAGGUGCCAGCCAACAGAAUGCCGCCUUUCACAGGCACUCAAUGCGAAUGCAAACAGUCCGCUCUAUUACAGCGACAGGAGCACAUUCCAGCAGUCAGGAAAAACGAGAACAAAUUAGAUGGAGAAGACAAUGUGGGAAGGUGUCGAGGGCAGGUACUGAACAACGCAGGGUACGACAUGUUGGAAAAAAACUGGUUUAUUUCAGCAAAAUAUACAAUAAAAAGUCAUCGUGUAA